GCAUCUGCGUGAGAGAGGGAGAAAGGCACAUUUCUCCUCCCAUUGGCGACUUCGCGCGACGGCAAUGUUGAGCAGUGCAGGGUUGAUCAUGAUCAUGUGACAGACAGCUUUGGGAGAGAACCGCUCUGAACACAGAAACAUCAGGCGCAACUAAAGGAGUUUCCACUGCGCGAGAGACAGAGCCUACAAGUGAACAUUGCCCUGCUUUGAAACCGUUAUUCACACGCUCUGAACGACGGUCUGUGGAAAGUUCUGGGGAGAAACGUUUGGUGGCGAUAAAACAUUCUGUGUAGAAGAGGACAGACGCACAAAUCUCAGCGGGCAUGCGGCAGUUUUUGGAGUUAUUUGACGGCAAACACUCUACAAACAAAUAAGAACUUUCACGCAGAUUCCUUUCGUUAAUCGCGUCAUUAGUUGUUGCUUAUUUUAAAACCGAUGAUUGGGGGUGAUACAAAGUUUCAACAUUGCGUUUGAAAAGUAGCAACAUCGGGGCAGGGCUUUGGAAUAAAACAGGGAAAACAUAUCAAACUCCUCCGUUUGCUUUUUUUUAGGGGGCUGUUGUGUUUCCCCGAAUUGUAACACCUUUUUGAGCUUUUUUGGAGGGUAUUAUUUUAAACAUGGUUGGGGAAAUGGAAACGAAGGAGAAGCCUAAGCCGACUCCUGAUUAUCUGAUGCAGCUCAUGAACGACAAGAAACUGAUGAGCAGCCUGCCAAACUUCUGCGGUAUCUUCAACCAUCUCGAGCGACUGUUAGAUGAAGAAAUUGGACGGGUACGGAAGGAUAUGUACAAUGACACUCUGAACGGCAGCACAGAUAAAAGGACUUCCGAGCUCCCAGAUGCUGUGGGGCCCAUUGCACAACUCCAAGAGAAACUCUACGUGCCUGUCAAAGAAUACCCAGAUUUCAAUUUUGUGGGAAGAAUCCUGGGGCCCCGGGGCCUGACAGCCAAACAACUGGAGGCAGAGACGGGCUGCAAGAUCAUGGUGCGAGGCAAAGGCUCCAUGAGAGACAAGAAGAAGGAAGAGCAAAACAGAGGAAAGCCCAACUGGGAACACCUGAACGAAGACCUGCAUGUCCUCAUCACUGUGGAAGACUCUCAGAACCGUGCUGAGAUCAAACUCAAGAGAGCCGUCGAGGAGGUCAAGAAACUCCUAGUCCCUGCGGCCGAAGGUGAAGACAGCUUGAAAAAGAUGCAGCUGAUGGAGCUGGCUAUUCUCAACGGCACUUACAGAGACGCCAAUAUCAAGUCACCAGCCUUAGCCUUCUCCCUGGCCGCCACAGCCCAAGCUCCCCGCAUCAUCACCGGCCACUCCCCGGUGAUGCCCACUGCGGCACUGCGUACACCUGCACCCGCCGCACCCACCCUCAUGCCCCUCAUCCGGCAGAUCCAGACCUCUGCCAUCAUGCCCACGGGCACGCCCCACCCUGCCCUCGUACCCCAGGCGGCUGAUUAGUGAGUCAUCUUUUAUG